GAUGCUGGACACGGCGGCCGCCCGUCCAGGGGGCGCUGAAGCCGGUGUCCGGCGACGUGGCGGCGAUACGAGAGCAGCAGGGCUGAGUUCCGCGACUUCCAGAAGAAGUUUGCCGAACCGCUGACGAAGAAGGUGGAGGCGACGAUGGCGAUGGGACAGGCAUUGGUGAACAGCGCCGCUGCCGGCGUCGCCACGGCAACGCUCGAGGCCGACCUUGACGCCAUCUCUGACAAGUGGAGCGCGCUGAAACAAGCGGCGGCCGACCGCGAGCGAAGGCUCGACGUCGCGCUGCUGCAGUCCGGAAAGUUCCAGGAAGCGCUAGCGAGCAUGCUCAACUGGCUCGGCGAGAUGGAGGAGGCUGUGGCCAAUCAGAAGCCGCCGUCUGCCGACUACAAGGUCGUGAAGGCGCAGCUGCAGGAGCAGAAGUUCUUGGAGAAGCUGCUAGCCGAUCGCCAGGACAACCUGAGAUCACUGCAGACGAUGGGAGAGGACAUUGCUACCGUGGCCAGCGAGGAGGAGGCAGAGAACGUCCAGGCUCAGCUAACCGAUCUCGGUUCGCGCUUCCAGAGUCUCCUGGGCGCGGCGCACGAGCGCAGACAGGGACUGGAAGAGACGCUGGAGGUCGCCAAGGAGUUUCACGAUCGUCUGGAGCCGAUCACGCAGUGGGUGGACGAGAUGGAACGCCGCCUCGGCGCGCUCGAUACCAUAGCAACGGAACACGACCGCAUCCAGGGUCAGAUAGAGCAGCAGCAGGCUCUGCACGAGGAGAUCUGCGCGCAGAAGGAACCGAUGGACGGCGCGAUCCAGAUCGGUCAGCUGCUCAUGGACAUGGUCUCCGCCGACGACCGCGACUUCAUCCACGCGCGGCUCGACGAGAUGGUCGACCGCUUCGAGCGUCUCUUCACGGCGUCGGAGCGGCGCGCCGACUCGCUCCUCCGCGGCCUGGACGACCUCCAGAGGUUCGACAUCGGCGCCGAGGAGUUUGCGACGUGGCUGGGGGAGACCGAGGAGCGCAUGCAGGCGUUCGGAGCAGCGCCCGUCUACGUGGAGCCGCUGCAGCGCCAGCAGGAUCUCUUCAUGGUCGUCUACACGGAGAUCGAGGACAACCAGAUCGUGUUCGAGUCGGUGAUGGCGAGCGGACACGACCUGAUGAAGAACAGUGCGGGAGAUGAAGCCCUACGCGUACAGGAGAAGCUAGACCUCAUCAAGCAGAGAUAUACUGAACUCAAUGUCAAGAGUCUAGAGAUGUUGCAACAAAUUGAAGAAGCUCUGCCAUUGGCCAAGGAAUUCCACGACUCGCAUAACAGGAUCAAUGAUUGGCUGAUGCAUGUCGAACCACAACUAAAGAACAUGGAUUCGGCAAGUUUGGAUGAGCAAGAGGAUAUGAUACAGGAGAUGGAGCGGCAGGUGGAGGACUACCGCGCCGUCAUGGACGACAUCAACCACACGGGGGCGCAGCUGUCCGCGCUCUCCCCGGGCGACGGUGCUGCCACCGUGCGAGAGCUCGCGACGCGCGACCGCCGCCGCUUCGACGCCGCGUGCGAACUCGUGCAGAAGCGCGCCGAGCGACUCAGCCUCGCACGCCAGCGCUCGCUGGAGGUGCUGGCCGACGUCGACGAAGCUCUCGACUGGUUCAAGGACGCCGAGAACGCGCUCGUGACCGCCGACCCCGUCGCGCGCGCUCCCGGCGCCCUCUCGCGGCAGCUGGCGGCGCAGCGCACGAUGGACGCGGACGUGGCGCAGCAGCGGGGGCGGGCGCGCGACGCGGUGUCGGCGGCGAUUGAGGCUCGGCGCGCGCAGAGCGCCCGCGGACGGGGGACGACGCAGCAGGCCGUGGCGCGAGCGACGGACGCGCUGCGAACCCGGCGGCGGCUGGCGGUGGCGACGCAUACGAGCGGCGGAGAGGCUCCAGCGCGCUGGGGCAGGCGCUGCGCUCGCGAGGCACUUCGAGGAAGCGCGCACGUAGAGCUGCUCGUCUGGUUCUGGACGGAGUCGAGGAGAAGGUUGGCGGCGGUGGACGCUCCCGCGGUGAAACGCUGGAGCAAGAAUACGGCCGGCAGCGAAGGAGGCCGAGGCAAGUUCACGGACAAAUUGGAGGGCAUGUUGUCGGCGCUGUCGAACACGGCGGAGGAGAUCUCGCGAGCCGAGCCGAUCUCCGCUCACCCGGACAAGCUGAAGCAGCAGAUCGACGAGAACAAGGCGUGGAAGGAGGACCUGGAGAAGAAGGAGAAGGCGCUGACGGCCGUGCAGCGCGCGGCGGCAGAGCUCAUACAGCAGGCAGGCCCAGAGGAGGACGUCACCGUCAACGACAUCAAGGGCAAGCUGGACCGGCUCGACCACCUGUGGACUAGCAUGCAGUCGGCGACGGACCAGCGCGGCCGCUCGCUGGACGAGACGAUGGACGUGUCUCGACGCUUCUGGGACGACCUUAACAACGUCAUGUCGACCUUGAAGGAGCUUCAGGAGAGCCUGGGCGCACAGGAGCCGCCCGGGGUCGAGGUGGAGGGCAUCCAGCAGCAGCAGGAAGUGCUAUACGCAAUCAAGGAUGAGAUAGAGGGCACGCAGCCGGACAUAGAUGCGUGUAAGCAGACGGGGCAGAGCCUCAUGCAGCUGUGCGGAGAGCCGGACAAGCCCGAGGUGAAGAAGAACAUGGAGGACCUGGACACCGCGUGGGACAGCGUCAACGCCACCUGCGGGAAGCGAGAGGAAAAUCUACUCGACGACUUGCACAGAGAGCUAGAGGCGAGUGCUCCCAAGGUGGAGUCCCUGCUGGCACGUGGAGCCGAGCUGCUCAGUAAGGGGGACGUGGAGAACGCUCCUGGACUCGGUCACAGCCUGAAGACCCUGAAGCAGCGAUGGGACAACGCACAGAUGCGCGCGCAGGACAGACGGCACAAGUUAGAGAUUGCGUUGAAGCAGGCGCAUGAGUUCCACGAGGCUCUGCAGUCGUUCGUCGUCUGGCUGACCAACACCGAGAAGACGCUGAACGCAACGAAGCCAGUCAGUCGCUGCAUGGACACCGUCGUCGCGCAGAUAGAGGAACACAAGGUGCUGCAGAAGGACAUAGCGAGCCACCGCGAGGUGAUGAUGGCGCUCGACAAGAGCGGCACCCAUCUGAAGUACUUCAGCCAGAAGCAGGACGUGAUACUCAUUAAGAACCUGCUCGUUAGCGCGCAGCAUCGCUGGGAGAAGGCCGUCUCGAGGUCGGCCGAGCGCACGCGACAGCUUGACCACGGCUACAAGGAGACGAAGGAGUUUGACGACGCGUGGCGGGAGCUGUGCGACUGGCUGACGGAGGCGGAGGACACCCUGCGUGCGGAGACGAGCGUCGGCACCGAGCCGGACAGCAUACGCGCGCAGCUCGCCAAGCACAAGCAGCUGCAGAAGCUGCUGGGCGGGCGGCAGCCUGCGUACGACGCGGCGUUCCGCGCCGGGCGGGCGCUGAAGGAGCGCGCGCCGACCGCUGACGUGACGAACCUGCAGGCGAUGCUCAACACGCUGAAGACCAAGUGGAACGUCGUCUGUUUCAUGUCUGUCGAAAGGCAACGGAAGCUGGAGGAGGCCCUGCUGUUCUCGGGUCAGUUCAAGGACGCGAUGCAGUCGCUGCUCGAGUGGCUGUACAUGGUCGAGCCAGAGCUAUCGGAGGACCAGCCCGUCCACGGGGACCUGGACACUGUCAUGGCACUCAUGGACAAACACAAGGCGUUCCAGCAUGAGCAGGUUAUCCGCUCAGCGAGCGUGUACACGGUGCGCAAGGCGGCGCAGCAGCUACUAGAGACGUCCAGCGAGGACACGGCCCAGCUACAGGAGGAGCUGCUGGAGCUGAGCACGCGCUGGGACAGCGUCUGCAAGCUCAGCGUCAGCAAGCAGCAGCGGCUCGACGACGCUCUCGCCAUGGGUGAGGACUUCCACAAGUCGGUGCACAUGCUGCUGGAGUGGCUGGCAGACGCAGAGAUGCAGCUGAGGUACGCGGGACCUCUCCCUGAGGAUGAGGAGACCGUGCUGGCUCAGAUAGAGGAACACAAGUGGCUGGCAGAUGCAGAGAUGCAGCUGAGGGACGCGGGACCUCUCCCUGAGGAUGAGGAGACCGUGCUGGCUCAGAUAGAGGAACACAAGAAGCUACUAGCCGACCUCGCGGCGCGGGAGGCAGACAUGCGUCACUGCGAGACCACCGGCGCCGCCAUCCUACGCGAGUGCCACCCGGACGCCGUCGCCGCCGUGCGACACUGGCUGACGAUCGUCGCCACGCGCUGGGAGGAGGUGAGCGGGUGGGCGGCGGGGCGGGACGCGCGGCUCGACGACCACCUAGCGGUGCUGCGGGACAACGCCGCGCUGCUCGAGUCGCUGCUCGGCUGGCUGACGGGCGCCGAGGCGACGAUGAAGGCGCUGGAGACGCAGCCGAUCCCCGAGGACUUGCCCGCGGUCGAGGAGCUGAUACGAGACCACCAGGACUUCCAGGCGGACAUGCAGCUGAGACAGCCCGACGUGGAGAGGGGAGGAGGAGGAGGAGCUGACGCGUCGCAUAGCACCCCGCUCGCGCGCGGGAAGAAGGGAGUGCACGCAAGUGAGAGCCCCGAGUACAAGAACCCGCGGGUGUCCGAGCUGUCGAACAAGUGGCGCGGCGUGUGGCUGCUGGCAAUCGAGCGACAGCGUAAGCUGGAGGACAUGUACAAUCACCUUCAGGAGGUCGAGCGAUUCAAGCAGUUCAGCUUCGAGGACUGGCGACAGAGGUACAUGAAGUGGAUGAACCACAAGAAGUCUCGCGUGAUGGACUUCUUCCGCAGACAGGACAAGGACCACGACGGCAAGGUGACGCGAGAGGAAUUCAUAGAGGGCAUACUCGCCUCAAAGUUUGCGACGAACCGCAUGGAGAUGGACGCCGUCGCUGACAUCUUCGAUCGAGACGGCGACGGCUACAUCGACUACCGAGAGUUCGUGGCCGCGCUCCGGCCCGAUAGAGAGAGUUCGAAGCCGAAGACGAACGCGGACGUGAUCAAUGACGAGGUGAAGCGGGCCGUGCACAACUGCUCCUGCCCGAAACAGUUCCUCGUGCAUCAGAUAGGCGAGGGCAAAUACAGGGACUAUCAAGUUAUCGGCGCCAUCUUUAAGUUUGGCGAUUCGCAGAAGCUGCGGCUGGUGAAGAUACUGCGCAGCACAGCGAUGGUGCGCGUCGGCGGCGGAUGGAUCGCGCUCGACGAAUUCCUCGUCAAGAACGACCCGUGCAGAGAUGGUCUCGCGUCAUUCCCCGCUUUUGGCGAUUCGCAGAAGCUGCGGCUGGUGAGGAUACUGCGCAGCACAGUGAUGGUGCGCGUCGGUGGCGGAUGGAUCGCGCUCGACGAAUUCCUCGUCAAGAACGACCCGUGCAGAGGGCGCCGGGCGCCGAGGAAAGAGGUACCGAUCUUCACUCUAUAAGCAUCAUGUCAUGCAGUAGCAGAACUACUAAACCGCAUUGAGAUUUUGCGUUUCAGGACCCGUAGCGUCUUGCGAAUACUAAUCGCAUGCACUUGCGGGAUACAUCUGCCAGCCAGUUACCGAUGCACAUUAAGAAAUAUCAUAGUCUAUAGAGAAUAUCUACUGAUACUGUUUAAGAUUUGCUCAUAGGUUAUCGACUGUAGCAAUAACAAUCUACAUGAUGGAAAUACAAUAGAUGUUGUCCUCUCAAUCCAUUUUAAGUAUCGAUUAAUUUAAGUGCUCGUAUUAGAGAGGAAAUGUAAAUUAAACAAAUUAGGUUGUUAUAUAUUAAAUUAUGCCAAUAAAAUUUAGUCCACGGAAUCUUGGUUAAAAACAGUAGCAUCAAUAACGUUUGCUUUUACUGGCAGAUGUAUUGUACAGACAUAAGUGCAUGGUUUAGUGAGGACUUGUGGAAGAUGACUUAGGUGUACAGAAUGGUAACCUCUAACAUUUCGAUUUGCAGGCGUUUUUCUUGCAGCAUAGCAGCGCUUUGAAUGUCUAUAUGUCUGUAUGUGUCCAUAAUUUGUAAGUAUA